GAAUGUGAGUUUUGAAGCUUCUUUGCUGCUGUUGCCCCUACUCUGUCCUAGCCGAGCUGUGAGAAUGAGGCGUUACCUUUACCACCUCUGCAGCAGAGAGGCGCUGUCCCUUGCAGUUCCAGAUAAGUGCCUGGGACUACGUGACAGCGCUCAGGUCUACAAUGAACACUUCUAACUGAGUGGGAGGGAGGGAGUGGAGGCUGCCAGAGGAGCCGCUCAGGGCACAAGCAGGACAGAAAGACUUUAUAUUAAGUAAUAGGUGAAAAAGAAGAGCACUUCGCUUCUUUUUCUGGAGCUUGUGCUUGCCUCCCUACCCUUGUUGUGUAGUUUUUCCCCCCUAAUAUAUACAUGGAUCUCUUUAAUAGCUGCAACAUGCUCCAGACUUUACCUCAUGCUAUUUAAUUUCUACCAGCCAGGACAUAAUUUACUGUAGGUUAAAUGAAGCAAGCAGCAAGAGAGCUGACAAGCAGAGUCAUUGAACUCCUCCGUUCUUCUUCUGCCUGUAGAAUAAAGAGAAUCCACACUCUUCUGUAGUAAGAAAAUCACCUUUAAACAUAGAAUAGACAUACAUACCAAAAAGUAAUACAAAGACCUUCACAGAUGAAGUGUGAAAACUGCACCAAAAAGGAAUGUAGUAAAAAACAGAAAAAUGAUGACAAGCAAAAUACAUUGGUUGACCCACUGAGCACAAAUGACGAAAACGAGGAGAAAAAUGAAUUUCAUAAAUUGGCUGGUGCUAAAAUAUUCCUUAGUGACUGCCUAGCUUGUGACAACUGUGUGACAUCAGAAGAAGGUGUCAGGAUUUUCCAGCAGAAUCAGAAGGAAUUCUUUCGCAUUCUCAACCUUAACAAGAAAUGUGAUACCUCAAAACACAAAGUGUUGGCAGUGUCUAUAUGCACUCAGUCAUUGCCUUAUUUUGCUGCUAAAUUCAAUCUCUGUGUAAACGAUGCAGCCAAGAGACUCUGUGGUUUCCUCAAAAGUCUUGGGGUGCAUUAUGUAUUUGACACCACUAUAGCUGCUGAUUUCAGUAUCCUGGAGAGCCAGAAGGAAUUUGUGCAGCGGUAUCGACAGCGGAACCAGGAGGAACAUGCCUUACCAAUGUUUGCGUCUGCUUGUCCUGGUUGGAUCCGGUAUGCUGAAAGGGUGCUUACCAACCCAGUGACUCCACACAUUUGCACUGCGAAGUCUCCGCAACAGAUCAUGGGGUCCCUUGUGAAGGGUUACUUUGCCAGGCAACAGGUAACAAAUUCUGCUUUUCAUGACCGUUCUAGAGAAUUUUUCUCUUGCAUGUUGGUUUCUAAUAUUUAAUUAUAGAUGUCUUGCAUCUCCUCCCACCCCCUCAUUCUUCCUAAACUGUCUGUCCUUACAUCUCAGGCUAGAUUGUGCUUUGCUGCUAUGCAGGUGUUCAAAACGACCUCUCCAUUUCACCCCACACUGGCUGAACAUAGUUGCUGUCCUUGUGCUCUCAAUACCUCAUGGAGAUAUAUAUAGAAAAAAUAUCUAGAGUGAAAUCCAGAGUGACCAAAGUAAAGCUGGCACGCCAAAUGCUGCCCACGGAGUUCUACAAUACAAUCUUUAAAGCGGAGGAUGUCAUGCAGAAACUACAUUUCCCAGCAUGCAAUACUGUGUCAUCUCAGAUCAACCUGAAGUAUUUGCAUGCUGAGAACUGAAAUAUCCAUUGGUUCUGAGUUCGCAAGUUGAUUCUGCCACUAUAGGCAUGGUCUUGAGCAAGUCAUGGUCUCUGCCUCAGUUUCCCCAUGUAGGGUGACCAGGUGUCCCAGUAUAAUAGGGGCCAUCCCAAUAUUAGGGGCUUUGUUUUACAUAGGCAACUAUACCCCUCCCUCUUCUCCCCCCUCCCCCCC